AUGAAAAGUAAAUGUACUCCUAACGAAAUUCAAAAUAACAACACUGAGCUCAAAAAGAUAAAUAGUAAGCCAAGAGAAAUAGAAGAUAGAUCAAGAAGGAAUAAUUUAAGAGUUGACGAAGUUAAAGAAGAUGAUAAUGAAAGCUGGUUGGAAAGCGAGUUAAAAGUAAAAACAAUAUUUGACGAAUACUUGGGUAUAAAAAAUGUAAAAAUUGAAAGAGCGCAUAGAGCUGGUAAGGUAGGUAUAAAAGAGCACAGAACAAUUGUUCUGAAAUUAUUGGACUUUAAAGAUAAGGAGGCAAUUUUAAAAAACUCUUCAAAGUUAAAAGGAAAGAACAUUUUUAUAAACGAAGAUUUUUGCACAAAUCGAAUUAGAAAGGAUUUACGAGAGAAAAUGAAAAUUGAAAGACAAUCGGGAAAAUUUGCGUAUAUUUCCUACGACAAGCUUAUUGUACGCGAGUGGAAUGCAAAAAAAAAGUAA